GAAAAACAAAACCGCUUCCGUGUUGAUCUCGGCAGAUAAACAACUAAAGGAUUACAUAGACUGGAGAGUGUUACAAUGGUUUUAUAAACCAUUACAAUAGAAAAAAAAAUUACUCAUCAAAAUGUCGUCGGCACAAGGUACAAAGAAAAGGGACAAGCGAAUUUUUUCAGGUAUCUGUCCAGAUUUCAAAUGCCAGGCGAGACUGUUCUUCCCUGCUUAUAGCUCAGUUAGCAUUGAAUGCACGGAGUGCGGCCAACGUCACGAACAGAAGGAUCUUUUAAAUGUGAAAGAAGUAACCGAUCCAGAUGUAGUGCUUCAUAAUUUACUCAGAAAUGCCUUGCUCGAUGUUACAGGAGCUCCAAAGAAAAGCACAGAGCUGGUCAAAGUGAUGGGUCUGUCCAACUACCAUUGCAAGCUACUGUCACCGAUUCUUACCCGUUACGGGAUGGAUAAACAGACGGGGAAAGCGAAGCUACUACGGGAAAUAAAUCAAGGUGAGCUCUUUGACUGCUCGCUGCUAGGUAGCAGAGCUUUUCUUAUAGAACAGGAGCACGUAUCUACAGUUGGCUAUGGUAAAGACAGAUCUGGCAGCCUCAUAUACCUCCAUGAUACAUUGGAGGAGAUCAAGAAAGCUAACAACAACAAAGAAUGUCUCAUUCCUGUACAUGUAGACGGAGAUGGCCAUUGCCUUGUUCACGCUGUGUCCAGGGCUUUAGUGGGUCGUGAGCUUUUUUGGCAUGCGCUAAGAGAGAACCUCAAGCUCAGUUUCAAACAAAAUCUGGAUCGCUAUAAGGCUCUCUUUCAAGACUUUAUUGACACUGCAGAAUGGGAGGACAUCAUCAACGAGUGUGACCCUUUGUUCGUGCCUCCAGAAGGUGUCCCACUUGGAUUGAGGAACAUACAUAUUUUUGGGCUAGCCAAUGUCCUGCACCGUCCCAUAAUCCUGCUGGACUCUCUGAGUGGCAUGAGGAGCUCGGGUGACUACUCGGCCACAUUUCUGCCAGGUUUGGUGCCUGAGGAGCAAUGCAGAGGAAAGGAUGGCUCCCUCAACAAGCCUAUCUGCAUUGCUUGGAGCAGCUCUGGCAGGAAUCAUUAUCUCCCUCUAGUGGGUAUUAAGGGAAUGCCACUUCCAAAACUGCCUGCAGCACUGAUCCCCAAGGCUUGGGGAGUUCCACAGGAGCUUAUCUGUAGGUAUGUCAGUCUGGAAGCCUGUGGAGGCUGUGUCAUUGGGGGAGAUCGAAGCCUGCAAGAAAAAUACUUGCUCCGUUUAGUCAGUGCCAUGGAGGAUGUUUUUAUAGAGAAACAUGGCAUCCAUCCUGCACUUGUGGCUGAUGUUCAUCAAUAUGUUUACCGCCGAACAGGGGUAAUUGGCAUCCAACCUGAAGAGGUGACCGAGGCAGCAAAAAAAUUGGUGCAGGAGAAUCGUCUGCACCGCUGUCUGAUCUGCAAUGCACUGUCUGAACUCCAUGUUCCCACUGAGUGGCUAGUACCUGGUGGAAAACUUUACAACCUUGCUAAGUCUACUCAUGGCACUCUCCGGGGAGAUAAGAACUACACCUUCCCAUUGAAUAAUGUGGUAUGUUCCUACUGCCCUCAGAGGGAUGCACUGGUUCCUGACUACAAACUCAGUUCACUGUCCACCUGCACCUGGUGCCACAGGAACUCUGCACGGCGUGUCCGUGGUGAUGGAUCUAUAGUGUACUUGAAUGGGGACCGUACCAACACACAUUCACAGGGUGGUAAGUGUGGUUGUGGCUUUAAGCAUUACUGGGAUGGAAAGGAAUAUGACAACUUGCCAGAGGCAUUCCCCAUUACCCUUGAGUGGGGUGGCCGUGUAGUCCGUGAGACUGUCUAUUGGUUCCAGUAUGAAUUAGAUGCAGCGCUGAACAGCAAUGUCUACAAUGUGGCAAUGUGUCUGGUCACUAAGCACUUCCCAGGAGAGUUUGGCAGUGAGAUUCUAGUGCAGAAGGUGGUGAACACUGUUCUGCACCAUACAGCAAAGAAGAACCCAGGGGAGUACCAACCAGUGACCAUAGAGGGUGCUCACAUGCAGGGGCAAGGGGGUGGACAGGUGGUGGAGUGGGAUGCAAACCCUCCUCAAAAGAUUAUAUUGACAGGUCAGAAGGGCCGUACGUUACAUAAAGAGGAACUGGUGAUGAGCCAAGCAGAGAGGAGUCUGCAACAUAAGAUUAGUGAGCAGGCAGCUCUGUCCCAACGCAGACGUACACAACGCCAGCAAAUGCAAGACCAGAGUGCAGAGCCUCGCUCUGCCUCCCCUGCCCCUUUCUCCUCAGCUCCACCCACACCCACUAAAGGCCUGACUGCUAUUGGGCAGAAGAAGAUCCGGGUGACAACCAGUGAUGGGCGGCAGGCAACGCUGCAGCUGCAAGCCCAUAAUACCUAUGCAGAUUUGCAGGAGGCCAUCACCCAAGCUUUCAACCUCCAGCCCCACCAACAGUGCAUCCGGCACGGCUUUCCUCCUCGAGAACUCCCACCACCACCCCCUGAGCAUCAGGACCUGCCUGUCGCCCUGCAGCAUGGAGACCGCAUCACUGUGGAAGUGCUCAAGGAGAGUGUCCCAGACACACAAAUAAAUACUCCUACCCUGAUGGAACCUUGGCUCAGCAGAACCAGCAGUCGAGAGAUACAGGACAAUGUUGAUCUGGAGAUGUCAUCACUCUGUCUCCUUGCAACACUUAUGGGUGAGGAUGUCUGGUCAUAUGCUAAGAAGUUACCUCAUCUGUUUCAGCAAGGAGGAGUCUUUUAUAACAUUGUAAAAAAAGAUAUGGGUCUGUUGGACGGGAAGCACUGCACUCUGCCACACUUGACUGGUAAGACAUUUGUGUUCAACGCAGCAGAGGAACGUUUGGAGCUGUGUGUGGAUACUGCUGGCCACUUCCCAGUGGGCCCUAAUGUGGAAGAAAUUAUCCAAGAUGCACUCUCCCAACUGUGUUCUGAGGCUCCCUCUCGCAACCGUGAGGGAAGCCCUGCUCAUGGCCUAAAACUGGGCAGUGGAGGGGUGGUGCGCAAGAAGGAGCAGACUAUUACUGCUUUCCAGGGCAAGGGUCACUCACUGGGUUCCACCUCACAUGACCACCAGCCACUCAGCCAAGAGCACAGCAAUGGAGUAGACUUGAGUGGCAGUGUCCAGGGGGAGGGGCUAGCACAGUCAAGGGAGGAGUUGGUGCGUGUGGCUCCAGGCGUGCUCACUCUGCGUGAAGGAUGUCGAGAAGUAGAAUUAGAGCCCACAGCAAUUGAGGCUCAGCGGCGCCGCCUACAGGAAAUGGUUUCAAAUAUACAGGCCUCUAUGGACAAACACUUACGGCAGCAGAUGACAUCUAGCACCAUUACUAAGCAAGAUGAGAAGGAGAAAGAUCUAGAUGAGCAAGAUGAAAUAAAGAGCCAGGGGCCAGACUCUCCAAGUAUCUCUGAGCCCAUGGACCAGUCUUUAUGAUGUGCUCUUUUAUGUACACAUUCACACCCAUUUACUCACACAGCGAUCCUAUUAACCCGUAACUAUAUGUGCAGUUCUCAAAUGCAUUCCUGUGUAAUUGUCAUAAAGAGAUUGGAGCUGAGCAAAGGUGCUGGUAAAAAUGUACUUUUUCCAUAUAUUUCAGCACACACACUUAACACUCAUGCUUUACAUAGACACUUAAGCCAGGAGCGCACAGUAACGCUGAAAGGUUGUGUGUACUGACUGUGUGUUCGAACCAAGUGCAUCUGAUGUUCAAUGCACAAAGCCUUCUGUAGCUGUUUAUACUCCCAAACUAGCUCCAAAAUGCAUCUACCCAGCCUCAGUUAUAGAUAGUGGGGUGUUUUUGUUAGUUGUGAAAACAAAGGGACUCCUAAUUGUCUUAAUGUAGUUCAGAUGCAUCCUUCAAAGGUAAUGCAGUGCUGUUCAGAUUUUUCAUCUGGCUAUAUGCGCGUUUUGCCCAGUGAUACUAUUGGUAGGAUAUGAUCUAUACCUCUGUGAACGGUGUUCUUUUCUUCUUCAGAUUAAGCCAUGUGUGGAUUAAAUGAAAGGUGUCAAUAGGAACUCUCCACUGGAUACCACCACUUAACUGUUUUUGUGAGCAGGUUAGAACUGCUGGUUUUUGGUAUUCAAAAAGUCAGAAUGACAGAAAAAAUGUUGACAAAAAUAAAUUGAAGGAAUUAAUUUAAUUUUGACACGCAAUGCUAUGUUUGUCAUGCUGCUGUAAUAGCAAGUAAGACAUUUAAAUGUUAAUGUAUCCCAGAGAAUCUAGUCCUCUGAAUUACCGUAGUAACACUAAAAAUUGAAGAAUUGCUUUAGGUUUAAUUUGAGACUGAUAAUGCUCAUACAGUUUAAUACAUCUUUACUAAAGCUUUUUAAUUUCCAUUUUGGAAUACAGUGUGUAGUGGCCAGAGACUUGCUAAGAAGUAAGUGUUUUGCUGUAGCCACUGAUUCUUGUAGUUAAGUUGAGUGUAAGUAUUUGCUGAAUAGCCUGUUUCUGGUGUGACCACUACCCUGCAUUCUUGUCUGAUCAGUUGAACCUUACAAAAAAUUUGCGUAUUUCAUUUCUCCAGGAUGAGUAAAGCUGUGCACUGUAUGGAUCUGCUGGUUUGAUAGGGAGAUUGGAUAACAACCUGAGCAAAGCUUUACUUCUGGAUGGUUAAGACAGGUCUGAUAGAGAGGACAGUUUUUGCUAGUGGUGGUCUUGUACAUAUGCUGCCAUUGUCCAUGCACAUCCACACAGCCUUAACAGUCACCAAGUUUUACCUACAGCCCACAGUAUAUGCUCUUAGCGAUAGUUUAGUUUUCUUCUUUCACCACAGUGAGAUUUUUUUAAAUCAUCUUGUGGAAUUCUAGAAUGCUUUUGAUUAUACCUCAGGUGAAGGUAGCUCAGACAACUCCUGUUCAUUUAUGUUUAAAUUUAUUCCCCAAAAUUCUCUAAAAUUUGGCUUUGCACAGUUUUUUUUAGAAGAUGCAAGGCUGUUUGUCCUUUUUAACCCUUUCAAGUGUCAGUCAUUCAUGUAAAUAAAACCUCAUACAGAGCAUGCCUCUCUGAGUCGGGGUGAGCAGUGGGAUGGGUUUACUGCAGAAUGGAGUGUAGCCUUGAAUAUGGACCCUGGUUUAGGCAUUUCCAGUUUGAUAAACAAGACACUUGAGUUUUUUUUUUUUAAUGAAGAACUAGAACAAAAAUCAUGAGCUAAGUAACUCAGUUUUAUUGCGUGAUGGGUUUUGACUAUAUACAGAGUUGUCAUGAAAAUAAUUCAUUAUACAGGGUUAGUCAAAAUUAUGUUAACACCAGUGGAUUAUUUUUCUCCUGCAGCUAGAUGUAUGCCAUGAGUGACAGAUUAAAUGGUACUGCUGCUCGCUGAUUUUUGUGUUGAACACGAUGGCAAACAGGUUGAGACCGUGCUAUAAAUCAUUUUGUGAAUAAACACUUAACUACCAUUUAAGUGUUAACAUAAUUUUGACUAACCCUGUAUUUCUCUGUUGGAUCAUGAGAGAUGAAGUAUGUUUACUAUUCCUGAAUAUUGGUAAUAUGGCCAAAGUUAAGUUCUCUUUAGAAUUUAAAGAGAAUUGGUUAGUUUCCAUGUGCACAUGUAAUCUUUCUAAUGAGGUGAUGGCUUGUAAUAUAUACUAUAUAUAUAUAUAUAUAUAUAUAUAUAUAUAUAUAUAUAUAUAUAUAUAUUGUACUUUAUCCUGUACAUACAUUGUUUUUGAUUUGUUCCUUCUGUUUGCCAACAAAGUGGUCUGAAGAUCCCACACAACUAAAGAAUUUCCAGUUUGCAUGUGCAAUACAUUUUUUGGCCUAACAACAAAAUAAAGUUGCUGCAACACACUGUUA